CCUGCAGAUCUGCAUUCGUGCGUGACUGAUCUAUUAAACAUCCUGAGAGUGAGUUGCAUAGGCUAAGAUUUAGCCUGCUUCGAUGUAUUAUCUGCGCAGCGACCAGUCAAUUAUAAUCCACCCAGUGCUAGUGCAUAAACGUGUAUGCGCGUGUACUUUCUCUGCGAGCCUCGUUCUCGCCAUGAAGCUGGCCUGAGAGGACAGUGCAGAGUCAGAGCCGUGCAUCAACACUCCCUCGUCCCCAAACUGGACGGUGCAAAAAGGUCUCCCCUGAACUCCAACAGCCCCAGCGGCUGUCAACGUUUUCAAAUUGGGGUUCGAUCCAAUAUGGCGACAGACGGAUGGAAAUACUGAUGACAGUCCGAAAGAUCGCCUCGAUUUGUACGAUGGGCGCCAAUGCCUCAGCUUUGGAGAAGGAGAUCGGACCGGAACAAUUUCCAGUUAAUGAACACUACUUUGGAUUGGUCAACUUUGGGAACACCUGCUACUGUAACUCGGUGCUGCAGGCCCUCUACUUCUGCCGUCCUUUUAGGGAAAAGGUCUUGGCCUACAAGGUCCAGCCCAGACGUAAAGAGUCCCUGCUCACCUGUCUGUCUGACCUCUUCAACAGCAUCGCUACACAAAAGAAGAAGGUUGGCGUCAUCCCUCCCAAGAAGUUCAUCUCCCGUCUGAGGAAGGAGAAUGAGCUGUUUGACAACUACAUGCAGCAAGAUGCCCAUGAGUUCCUCAACUACCUCCUCAACACUAUCGCUGACCUGCUCCAGGAGGAGAAGGGCCAGGAGCGACAGCAGAACGGAAAACUGGUGCAGAACGGAGGAGGUGGGGGGAGCAGCGGGACAGGAGAGGGAGAGGAAGGGGAGAAGAUACAGCAGACCUGGGUCCAUGAGAUCUUCCAGGGCACCCUGACCAACGAGACGCGUUGCCUCAACUGUGAAGCUGUGAGCAGUAAAGAUGAGGACUUCCUGGACCUGUCUGUCGACGUGGAGCAGAACACCUCCAUCACGCACUGUCUUAGGGGUUUCAGCAACACUGAGACACUAUGUAGUGAAUACAAGUACUACUGUGAACAGUGUCGGAGUAAACAGGAAGCACAGAAAAGGAUGCGUGUGAAGAAGCUCCCUAUGAUCCUGGCGUUACACCUGAAGAGGUUUAAAUACAUGGACCAGUUGCAUCGCUACACCAAGUUGUCCUAUCGCGUCGUCUUCCCCCUGGAGCUCCGCCUCUUCAACACCUCAGGAGACGCCACCAACCCCGACCGCAUGUACGACCUGGUCGCCGUGGUUGUCCACUGUGGAAGUGGUCCAAACCGUGGUCAUUACAUCACCAUAGUGAAGAGUCAUGGAUUCUGGCUCUUGUUUGAUGAUGACAUAGUAGAGAAAAUCGACGCCCAGGCGAUCGAGGAGUUCUACGGUCUAACGUCUGACAUUUCUAAGAACUCUGAGUCAGGUUACAUCCUGUUCUACCAGUCCCGGGACUGAACCAGCAAAUGGCAGCGGCCCAAGGCUGAAACGGGCCAUUGGGAUUGGGACUCAGCAUAGAGAGGAGGGGCUUGGGCAGCCACAGGCCCCGCCUAGCCCACCACCUGUUUUUAAAUAUUCAGGCUUUACAGCGGGAGCUGUGGAGCGCAGAGAGGAUGCAUGGAGGAGGAUCUUCAGCAGACAGGAGCCAACGAUGCCUGAGCAACUGAUCAGUUGAUAUGACAUCGUAGAACGAAGAGCAGGUACCGGGGAUUAUGUUUCGUCAUCCUCUCCUCCUUUUCAUCAUCAUCGUCCUGGUUGUCUUUUUUUGGGGUUUGACAGCAGAUUAGCAAUAUAUGGUGUGUUAGCUUGGCGAGCUCUCUGCUUACAUGGUGUGCCGUUACUGAUGUGGCGCCAUUUCCUGGUGUUUCAUCAAUUAUUGGUGUCCUUGUCAUAUUUAGUGCCACUCAGAGGGGCUAAACAGGAUUUGGGAUUGAUGAAAAGUGGAUCUGCCAUUUCUUGAAUGUUCUCAAUACUUUGUUGCCAGUUGUUGUUAGUUUGGAGAGUGGGGUGGAGAGUUGAGUUUGGUGCCUUUGCAGCUCACCGGGCCAGAUCUGGCAGUGUUUUAUUAUAUCAUAGUUCAGAUCCUGAAAGCUACACAUCUAUAUUACCAUCUGUUUAAAGGGACACAUGCAUAUAAGCUCUCUAACUUCCCCCUCUGGCAACAACAGCAAACUACACCACCAACUACAAAUAACCUGCCAACCAGAUGUUUAUCUUAUAUCUGUCUCCUAAGCAAGUAUCUCACUGGUGUCAAUGGCUGUGCUUCAAAUGGCAGCAUAUUCCCUAUGUACUGCACUCUAUAAGUAGAGCACUAUAUAUGGAGUAGGCUGUCAUUUGGGACAUAACCCAGCCAUCCUCUUUUGUGUCGUCUUUAACGCAGUAUAAACCUGAUUGGCUGCUGCAACAUUUAGCUCCUCUUCCUGUCACCUGAUAAGAAACUUCCAAUCAGAGCCUGAGGUAUACAAGCAUUUCCUCUUUAUUUUUUUGGACCGUAGAAGUAAACCAAACAUAGCGGUUGUUUGGUUUAUAAUAUUAAGUAUGUGCUACACUGCCAGUUGGGGUAAUAAACCUAACUUCACUCUUUUUAAAAGGCUUUGUCCCAAUAUCUAUUCUAGCACAAUACCAAGUAUACAGUCCCAAUACAUUCUAAGUAAUACGCUGGUGUAGGUAUUGGAACAGAGCCUGUACUCUCAACAGAAAGAUAAAUUGAUUAAGGCCCACUAUUCAUAAAAUGUCUCCAGAGCAGGAGUGCUGACCUAGGAUCAGUUUUGCUUUUUUAAAUCUGAUCCUAGAUCAGCACUCUUACUCUGAGAAGCUUUAUGAAUACAGGCCCUGUUCCAUCGCUCUGACAUGGGAGGUGUUUAUGUUAGCUAAGCCCAGAGUGGGACCUGUAUUAAAGUUGAAUGUAAGACCGUCUGCCGUUUUGAAAUAUACAGUAUGAAACUGGCUGCUUAUUGGUUGGCCCAUACUUAGGGCCUGGAGUUUUUACCAAUCCUGACCAGUACUAGAUAUAUAGGUUGUGUCUUAAUGGCACCUGAUUCUCUAACAUAUAUUGCGCUAUUUUUAACCAGGUCCCCUAGGGACUCAGCUGUGGUCUGACUAAGGCCCAGAGUUUUCUUAAAUCUCAAACACACCCCACCAGUUGGAGACCUAGGCACCUUAUUCACUACAUAGUGCACUACCUUUGUCCAGAGCCCUAGUGGGUAUAGGGUGCCAUUUUGUGUUUUUAGGCUAUACUCUGCAACCAUAUAUUAAUUCAUAUUUUAACGCAUAAACCAUUCCUUUGUGAGCUCAAAUCUAACUGUCUAAGACGUGCUGCUUGUUUUCAGGAUUAACUAAUUACUAAUAUGAGGUUGACAUUGGUGAAGGACUUAAAAUAAACAUUUUACAUUGUGUAUAGAGUUGCAGAACUCCGGUAACUUUCCUAAAAUUCCGUCUGGAAGAUACGCAGAAAUCAAGAAGAAAUAAGCUGGAAAUCUGGAAUCCACCAGCCAGGAAUUCUGGAGAACCCUGAAAUUUGUGGAAAAUUACCGGAUUUUUGCAAACCCUAACUUAAUGAAAAUGUGGUUGAAUUGCCCUUCAAUAUCAGUUAUCUUCAGCACAAUACCAGUCUCUACCUAUGUGAAAAAUGCACAUUUCUAUGUUUUGUAGGAAAGAAUAUCUAAAGUUAUGUUCCACCCAAUGACAUCAUUAAAAGUUAAAACGGUGAUUUCGGCAGGGUAGCCUGGGGCGGAAGGUAGCCUAGUGGUUAGAGCGUUGGACUAGUAACCGAGCUGACAAGGUACAGAUCUGUCGUUCCGCAACCUGAACAAGGCAGUUAACCCACUGUUCCUAGGCCGUCAUUGAAAAUAAGAAUUUGUUCUUAACUGACUUGCCUAGUUAAAUAACGGUAAAAUACAUUUCCUAACUCUUGAGAUUUGUAGUGAAGUGCGGAGCAAGAAAAUACCCUCUGGCUAGAUCAAAAUAUUUGUAACAUGCGUUUGUUUUCUGACAAUGCAGAGAGGAGAAAAAGGAGAACCUGAUAGAAAAAUAAUAACACGAGGAAUAAAUACACAAUGAGUAACAAUAACUUGGUACCAGUACCGAGGCUAAAAAGUAUUUUUGCAGUACUUUAGUCCUACCCUGUGAUGUCACAGAGAAGCGUUUUUUUCCCCCUUGUCUUUUUAACCAGAGAUCAUGGAAAUGUGCUGUUUUCGCAUAUGUUGACACUGAUAUGAGGUUGAAAAGUGGAGGAAUUGCCCUUUUUAAAUGCUAGAUUGUGUGACUUGCUACUCUACUUAGAAUGUGUUUGGAUUGUGAGGGAGCUUAACUCAUUAAUGAUUGAACUUAGGCUAUUACGAUCUAGAGUAUUUACCUAGUACACUCUUCUAGCCUAUAGGGUUAAAUUCUCACUGGGUGAGUCCCAAAGGGAACCCUGUAUCUUUUGUAGUGCACUACUUUUCACCAGGGCACGUAAGGAAUAGGGUGCCAUUUGGGACGCACACUCUGUCUACCCUGUCUGUCUUAAAAAAUAUAUAUAUAUAUUUGGAAAUAUAAAAAUAUAUAUAUAUAUUUUUUUUUAACCUUUUAUUUAACCAGGCAAGUCAGUUAAGAACAAAUUCUUAUUUACAAUGACGGCCUAGGAACAGUGGGUUAACUGCCUGUUCAGGGGCAGAACGACAGAUUUGUACCUUGUCAGCCCGGGGAUUGAACUUGCAACCCUCCGGUUACUAGUCCAGCGCUCUAACCACUAGGCUACUCUGCCGUCUGCGUCUCUGUACUCCCUAACCUUUGGUGUGUGUCGUAGGUGAGUGAAGUGAGGUGUGGCAUACCAGAGGUGUGUGUAUAACAGUGGUUUGACCCCUUUUCUUGCUGCUGACAGUGCAACUGACGUGUGUGUGUGCGCGCGCACGCACACACACAGCCAAUUAUCACGUUUGGGUUGAUUUGUGUUUGAAGUGAGUAAUCGCAAGCACACGCCGCAGGACAUGCAUGGCUGGACACAGUGCAGAGGUGUCAAUCAGCUUUCCAUAGUGUGUAUUCCAGCCUAACUGACAGAGGGACAUGUAAUGUAACCUAAUGUUAAAGGUAGACUCAGUGAAAUGAUGUUGCCAUGAACAGCACUGCCGACAUUUUGCGAUGAGCAAGACAUCGCUCCCACAGAGUCAGGCGCAGUAUUUGCGACUGUUUGGUUCACGCUGAGAUGUUUAGCCUCGCGCCUCAGCGCUCUUAGUUGUGGAAAUCGGCCCACUAUGCUGUUUACUUUGUGCACCUACGUCAUAUCCCCGAGUCUCCCUUUUUAGCUGCAGGAAACGGUGUUUAGAUCUAGCAGCUUCGUAUGUAACUAACAAACUACACUGGUCUGCAAUGUGUUCCGUUUUGCUUCCUGGGUGUGUAUCAAUAGUCUUAACGUGGCUUCCUCACCUCGUCUCCUUUCCUUCAGCUGCAGUGAUGUGUAAAACCUGGGUAGGGGACAGCAACAUUUUUCUAUCCAUUUCUAGGUAUUUGGUUUAACCAGUCCAGUUCUUUUCACCUCGGUGUAGAUCAUUGGUAGUUACUAAUAUUUCAGAGGGAGACACUUUAGUGAAACAAAAUCGCUGGGCGAGCCGCAUACCCGUCAGAGAAUGGGGGUAGGGGGUGGUCACCAAAAUAGUACGCUAUAUUAAAUUGAUCUAUACAUGAUAUGUAAGAUACAAUUAACAGACCGUCAAUCUAUUUGAUGAUCUGAUUCUCUAUUUUUGGACACUUGGAGGUAUCAGAAACAAAUGCAUCAGGAAGGUAUUGGAAAGUUCCAGAAAACAUCAGGGAUGAUCAUCAAGCAAUGAUAUAAGUUCAUUUGUGGAGAAUCGAUUCAUUUCCCUCAGUUAUUCUGUGCAGAUUCAUCACUCUUCCUUCUAACGAGCCCUGCACAGCUUUUAUAGGUGGUAAUCACUCCAACCUUUCAAAAUUUGUAAGAACAACGAUUUCAAGAUGCGCUGGAAACUAUUUUUGCUCCUCUGUAUGUCCCAGCCGCUGAUAAGGUUUCUCACGUAACCAAUGACUAUGACCGGUUUAGGCAAAGGAAAGGACACGAGGAGAGUUGGCUGUUCUUUUUCUUCUAAAGAAAUUCUGUGUAGUACUGACACAUACCACUGUGUCCCAAAUGGCACCCCAUUCCCUAUGUGUUGUAUUACAUAGGGAAAAGGGUACCAUUUGGGACGCAUACACCACCAUACUUCCAUAAACUUGAUGAGAGGGGUAGUGAUGGUUUAGAAGACACGGGUGGGAACAACAAAUUAACUAGGGUCUGAAGUUUAUUUUAAGUAUGAACUUUUUCUAUAUAUUUUGCUAAUUUAGACCUACCAUUCUUGUGUAGGCAGCUGAGAUGAAUGGGGUUGUGAUUUAUUUGGGGUUAUAUUUGAGAGAAUGUUUGCCCCAAAUGUCACCCUAUUCCCUAUGUAGUGCACUACUUUUGACCAGGGCCCAUAGGGCUGUCAAAAGUAGUGCACUAUAUAGGGAAUAGGGUACUGUUCAAAAGUAGUGCACUACAUAGGGAAUAGGGUGCCAUUUGGGAUGGAGACAUUGAAAAUGUGUAAAUAUAAAGAUGUUAUUGGAGUAUAAUUAAUUGCUUGCUUGAAAUAAGAGGUCUAUACGAUUGAUCAUAUUCAAUUACGACCAGGAUGUUUUUCCUGAUCAGGAAAUAUCCCUGGUCCUAGAAACAUUUCCUGGGGUGGUAAUUUCAUUUCAAUCCCAGUCAACUGAAUUUGCCAUGGGGGAUUUGUCCACAGAUGUCCAUUUCACUACUUUAACUCGCCAAGAAUGUAAUAGGAAUUGAACCUGGCACUGCUCUGUGUAAAGUGAUUUAAGUUGAAGUGCACAUUGAGAAGGGGAGGAGUGUUUAUUGGGGUGCAAAGUGAGAUGUCGCGGCCCGGAUGCAGUGAAAAUUUGUAUGUUUGGGGGAAAAAAGGUUUUGGUCUCAACUUUCUCCAAUAAAUAACUGGUUUAAGAUGGAAAAA